AUGGCAAACUCCGAUUCUACUCCAGUUGUUCCUCCUCCUACUGCUGCCCCUCUCUCUGCAAGAAAAGAGAAUGUGACACCGGCUAGCUCUAAAAUUGCGGAAUUGACAGAAUCAAGGCAAGAGCUACUCACUAGGAUUCAGAACUUGAAAACACAUCUUCAAAGCUGGAGAUCAAAGUUGGAUGGCCAAGUAAAGGAAGAUGUCACUGCCAGCUUAAGAAACUUAGGGCUUCAGGAUGUCUCAGAAGAAACAAAAGAGGCAGAAGAUGCCAAGCCUAAUAACGAUGAAGAGAAGACUCGGGAGGAAUUGCCAAAGGACAGUGGUAAAGAUACUGAGCAGUAG